UACUUUUUAGUCGCAUUCAGAUACUCUUUGCCGAUAGAGCUCGUGUCGUCCGUAUGAGCAGCAGUAGCAGCAGUCAACGCGAGUACCUCCUCCUCUUCUCAAUAAAACCAAAAGAAUACGAAUACGAAACCACCCUCAUCUCGUCUUUUCCGUUCCGGUCUAAACGCAUUUAACACAACAUAUAUCUACAUAAAGGCCGGUUACUUGAGCCAAACAAUAAAAAUUAUAACUUUAUUUUGAAUCCCUUGGAUUUGUCACUUGAGUCGUCGUCGUCUUCGGUAUGACGUUCUUCAGUUUUUGAAAAAGUUUAAUUAAAUAUGAUUUAUCACCAAAUUGCAUGCAAGAUUGAAAAAUUCUAAAAAAAAAACUAAAAAAAGUUUUAAAACUCAAAGAACUUAACUACUACUCUUUUAAGUUCGUGUCAUCAUCAAGAUCGUCUAUCGUCCCGUGCGUCGUCGUCCGUCAAGAUAUGUGUUGCGCUUUGUGUUACUCCGUCAGUUUGUUGCGUGCCGUGAGCGAUGAUUUAUUGGAUUAAUUUGUUGUUAUUAAUAUUUCAAUCUUUUAAUCACUCAAAAAAUAUACAUAAUAAUUGAUUUUAUCGUCUUUAUGAGCAAUAUUUUUGCUGGUCUUCAGCUUUUUCGUAUGCGAGUGAAACUUUAAUAAUAAUAAAGUUAUUAAUCUAACAAUAAGUGCUGUUUCGUGUUUGAUGUUUUAUAAUAGUAAUAAUUAUUGCAAUUAUUAGCACAUUGGCUUCUUGUUAAGUUCAAUAAAUUAUAUACGAAAUAAGAAGUAACGUACAGCACAAAACAACUUUAACCAAAUGCUAAUUACAACUUGUAUCUAUUGGAUUAUACGACGACGCAAUCUUAAGGAUUACAUACCAACAUAACUAGGACGCAGCAAGACGCAGAGAAGCGCCACACCAACUCAUUGAAAAAUAACAAAAAUAGAGGAUACUCCUCAAUAUACAAAAGCCAAAGUGGAUUUAACAAAUUAUAACAAAAUGCUGACAUCCAGCAAUCAGUACCUGCGGCCGGAUUAUCUUACACCGACAACUCGAAACAACAAUCAUAUAAUGCCCAUGAACAACAACUAUAUGAUGUCUUCAGGGCAUUGCGUUUCUGGAUCGUUUCCACUCGACGAUGUGGGAACAGCUUCUGUGCUGGACACCAAAAAUAGCCCACUGGCCUUGUUGGCUCAGACGUGUAGUGCCAUUGGAGCCGAUACGCCUAAUCCAAAGCUUUUGGCAAACAUCGAAAAGUCAACGAAGUCCUCACAUAAAUCCGCAGAUUGUCGGGAUAAAACGUCGCCGGUAGGAAGUCAGUCUUCGUCGGUGUCGACGGGCUCCACGGAGCAUCAACAAGUCAAAUCUAGCUUUAAGCCUUAUGAGUCGAACAACAAUCGUUAUGACUUGUUGGACAACGGCAGCAGUAGUGCAGGGGCCGGCAACCAAUCUAGUGUAAGAGUUAAGACGCCAAAAAGUAACACAGCAACACAGCGAUGCGAUUCAAACCAAAGUGCCACUUCACAAAGAGACUCACCAGCAAUGAUUGCUACACCUGGAACAGCAGCGACGACGAAUACAGCAGCACGCAAGACUCCAUCGACAUUGUCAUCGGCAUCGUCGACGGGUUCGUCGGCGGCCAGCAUACACCAGAACCCCGAUCAACCAAAUCCUAGUCCACAUCGUGCCUCAUCCAAGGAAUCUUUUGGGGGUGGAAACAACAACAUCAGUGUGUCCCCAGCUCAGAGCAGUCCCGUGUCGAAAUCGGUGUCGGAGGCCCAGUACAUGAAGGCUCUGCAUGCGGCAUCAAUGCAACCUCAGGUGUCAACGGCAGGUCAGGCCUACUACUCCGGGUAUCCCCCGGGUCUGGGGUAUCCCAUGGACCUGAUGACGGCUAGUGCCCUGAUGUCUCCCCAUCACCCAAUGUUCAAGGCUGCAGCUAUGAGUCCCUACUUGAACUACGCCCGUCUCAAAGGCAUCGACCCUUCGGCGAUGAUGACACCAGUUUGCCGAGACCCAUAUUGCACAGGCUGCCCAUCGAGUCCACAUUUUCUAAACAAGGCAGCUGGGCAACCCUGUCCAGCAGGCUGUCCGCACUGUGAAUCUCCGUCCGGCCCGAAGUCAGCAGCUGCCGCUGCAUAUGUCCACGCCCAGUUAGCCGCCUUGACAGCAGCUUCACAGCUGCCGUAUGUAUGCAGUUGGAUUGCGGGCGACGCAGCUUACUGUGGAAAACGGUUUGGCACCUCAGACGAGCUAUUUCAGCACCUACGGACACACACCGCAUCCAUGCCCGAAUCGAUGUUAGCCGCAGCUGCAGCCGGAGGAUUUCCACCCAACCAUCCGCUCUUUCAAAGAACCUACCCAACGCCUCCAUUGAGUCCAUUGUCAGCGACGGGCCGGUAUCAUCCGUACAGCAAACCGUCCAUGCUACCUCCCUCUGCUUUAGGACCACCACCGUCUCUAGCAGGCAUGCCAAUGCCACCGCAUCCGUCACUCGCCCAAUACUUCUCCCCCUACUCACUAUAUGGCAAUCCGCGCCUGGGCUCCUCUCAUCCAUAGUACGACAAAUAGCCGAACCCAGAAGUCAACCCCAAAAUAAUUACGUGCGGAAUUUUAUUCCACUCUAAAAUAAAACUUGUUGUAUUUGGAAUUUUCAUCCAAUUUUAUUUUUAUUUUCCUUUUUUUUUCGCUGUAAAAAUUCAAUACUUCUUACAGUUAUGUUCUUCUAAUUUUAAUUUAAUAAAAUCUUAUAUGUAGCUAUGUAUACACAACACAUAAAAUAAAAUGUUUCAAGACAUUUUUGUUAUUUUAUUAUUUUCAUUAUUUAUGUUUUUAACUUUGAACAAGUGAUAUAAAAUAAAAAUGGAUUAAAGUAAAUUAUAUAAUUAAACAAAAAAAAAAAACAAAACACACACACAAAUAAACCCACUUGUAAAAUUGUAAAAUAAAUAAAUAUAGAUAAAAAGUAAACAUUUUAAGAAAUAAAAAAUAAAGAAAUAAAAUUAUAAAAAA